AUGUAUGAGGUUGAAUUCAAACUACCAAAGGAGAAUACAUCUAACAAAGAAUGGGUAAAUGUAACUGAUAUAGCGACGCUUCCACCAGAAUGUGAGAAAAAAAUAAGACGAAACCAUAAACAACACUAUUACAUUCAGAAAAAAUCCCCGACAAAUGAUCUAUUCCGUAUUGGACAAAAUGCGGAAUAUGGUGAUCACAUUACAUUACAAGCAAUUACAAAUAUCUAUAAUGCACAGAUUUUAGUUGUUUCAACUUUAAACAGCAGGACUACAUUAAUAAUUCCAAAUGGUCUCCCUGACGGCGAGGUAAAUGAAAAUUUACCUAUGAUCGUUCUAGGUCACUAUCCCGAAGGUGAAGGGGAACAUUAUGUAGCCCUAAGCUAUGACAAGAAAAUAGUUCGAAAUAUAAUUUACGAAUCAGAGCAGAUAUAUUUUGUUGAAACUAAUAGUGAUCAUGAUAGCAACAAUGACACAGAUAACUUACCAAGUGAUAUCGAUACUGCCAAUGAUAAUUUGGAUAUCAAUGACACAGAGAACUUACCAAGUGAUAUCGAUACUGCAAAUGGCAAUUUGGAUAACAAUGACACGGAGAACUUAUCAAUUGAUAUCGAUACUGCAAAUGACAAUUUGGAUAACAAUGACACGGAGAACUUACCAAGUGAUAUCGAUACUGCAAAUGGCAAUUUGGAUAACAAUGACAUGGAAAACUUAUCAAGUGAUAUCGAUACUUCAAAUGACAAUAAUUUGGAUAACAAUGACACGGAGAACUUACCAAGUGAUAUCGAUACUGCCAAUAAUAGUGUUAGCGUUACUGCCAAUGACUUGAAUAACGAUGAUAUUUCUCUGCGCUCACUUGUCGAAAAUAUGCGACGUCGACGAAGACCGAUUGCACCGAGCUAUUAG